AUGUUGAAAAAUGAGACAGUGGUGAAGGAAUUCAUCCUUCUUGGAUUCUCUUGUAAUACACAGACAUAUAUUUCCCUCUUUGUAAUCUUCUUGUUUAUCUAUUUAAUCAUUUUAGUUGGAAACUUGCUAAUCAUUAUUGUUUCUAUAACUGAUAAAAGUCUUCAGACCCCUAUGUAUUUUUUCCUCAUUAACCUAUCUUUUGUUGAUAUCUGUUAUUCGUCAUCAAUGGUCCCAAGAAUGUUAAGAGACUUGUUGUCCGCAAAAAGAGCUAUUUCGUUUAGAGAAUGCGCAGCUCAAAUGUACUUCACACUCUCAUUAGGGGUCACUGAAUGUGUUUUGCUGGCAAUAAUGGCUUAUGAUCGAUAUGUAGCUAUAUGUUAUCCAUUACGUUACACCAACAUGAUCAAUCAGUCUGUAUGUAUCAAGCUUGCGUCUUGCACAUGGAUAUGUGGAUUUCUCUUGUCCAUUCCUCAUGUUGUACUUACAAUGAAUGUCAAUGUUUGUGGUAACAAUCAAAUUAAACAUUUUGCUUGUGAAGUGCCAGAAAUCCUGGCAUUAGCAUGUGUUGAUGUUAGUGUAAUUGAAUUUGUUGUGUUUCUAGCUGGUGUGUUAGUACUUAUGAUUCCAGUUACUUUUAUUAUUAUAUCAUAUAUCAGAAUUAUUUCAGCUAUAGUAAAAAUUACCACCUCUGCUGGAAAGCAAAAAGCCUUAUCAACUUGUGGGUCCCAUAUCAUAGUUGUAAUAAUAUUUUAUGGUUCAGCAAUGGCCGCAUACAUGAAACCUAAGUCAAAAUCCUCAGAUUCUGAUAUGAUAAAUGCUGUUUUUUAUAUGAUUUUUACACCAAUGUUGAAUCCAUUGAUUUAUACAUUAAGGAACAAAGAAGUUAGAACAGCAAUUAAAAAAAUAAUAAACACUAAAUUACACAAAAUA